CCCGGCAGAGGCACCGCCCGCCGCGGCAGCGUCACCCUCUCCGCCCCGGCAGUGACGCCAUGCCCGCGGGGCCCGCCCCCGCCCCACGCCAGGCUCUUCCUUUCUCGCCGACAUCUUGCGGAGCAGCCGCGGCCGCAGCAUGCCGCCCAAAGACGAUAAGAAAAAGAAGGACGCGGGCAAGUCCGCCAAGAAGGACAAGGACCCGGUGAACAAGUCCGGCGGCAAAGCGAAGAAGAAGAAGUGGUCCAAGGGGAAAGUGAGAGACAAGUUGAACAACCUUGUCCUGUUUGAUAAGGCCACUUAUGACAAACUGUGCAAAGAAGUGCCCAACUACAAGCUCAUCACACCUGCAGUUGUCUCUGAAAGGCUGAAGAUUCGAGGCUCCCUGGCUCGGGCUGCCCUCCAGGAACUGCUCAGCAAAGGAUUAAUCAAACUGGUGUCCAAGCACCGAGCCCAAGUGAUCUAUACCCGAAACACGAAAGGUGGAGAUGCACCUGCUGCAGGGGAGGACGCGUAAGGAGGUUCUCCAGUGACUUCAUCAACAAUGUGUCAUAUGUAGAUGCAUACAAUAAAAUUACUGAUUAUAA